AUGGACGGAUCCCCCGUCAAGACGGAGGGGUCGGCUGACCACCGCAAGAGCGGAUACAAGUCUUGGAAGAAGAAGUAUCGCAAGAUGCGCAUCCUCUUCGAUCAAAAGAUGCAAGAAGGCGAGGACCUACACAAGCAGGAGGACAGAGCUUCUGCAACCGUAAAAAGAUUAGCUGUUGAGAAUGACCGCCUGCUAGAUCUCAUCCUCGACAUCAACAACUCGCCGCAAAUUCCCCUCGACAAGCGAAUAGACGUGUCCCUCAGGCCCUCCCCGGGCUCCAAGAAGGUCCACCCCAUUGACGGCAAGCACGCGCCGCCGCAAAAGGAGCUCGCCAUGAAGAAACUCCAAAUGCUCCUCGAAGAGAUCCCUCACUCGUCAUACACCUCCGCCAAAGACGCCAAGCGCUCGUACCUCAGUGACCUGGCUGCCCCGGAGGGCGAGCCCUUCCCGUCUAGCUUCCUGUCCGCCGACGACAUUGACAACUACAUCCACGACAUCGACAGCUCAAUAGACCCAGAGACACAUAUUCCCACGCUCGCUCCUCGCGCCCAUCCCAGCACCAACCCAAUCCAACACGCUCACUUGAAGAACCCCACAAGCGUGACCAAUUGGUUGCGCAAGCAUGCGCCCAAGAUCUUCCUCCAAGACGGAGAGGCUCAUGACGGCGACGACGAGGCCCAAGCAGGUCACCAUGCCGGCGGUCGCAAGACGCGCGGAUCCCGAGGCGAGCGCGGCGGAGGCCGCGGCCGUGGUAAACGAGCCAGCCUCGCCACAAGAACGGUCGAUCGAGAGCGCGACUGGGACGCCAGCAUGGACGACGAUGCUGAACUCAGCACGCCCGUCGGCAGGGGGAAGCGCAAGAGAGACGACGACCCCGGGUACAGACCCGGCGGAUCUGGUGGUCGGCCCGUCAAGAAGAAGAGAAAGAGUGACGUGGACGGCACUCCGGCCGUUCGAAAGUCCAAGAAGGACUCUGCUAAAAGGGAUGACUAG